AUGGCUCCCAUGCAGGUGGGCGAACGGCUUCGGGGUUCCUAUGGGGGUGCGCUAGGCGCGGGCAUGGCGAGGUGCAGAGUUCCGGUGGUCAUCGUCUCAAUUGCAAACACUGCAAGAGAGAUCAUGAAGACCAAUGAUGUCAUCUUCUCAAAUAGGUCUAAAUCAAACAUCUCGGCAAAGCUUCUCUAUGAUUACAAGGACGUUUCCACAACCCCCUAUAAAGAGUACUGGAGACAGAUGAGGAGUAUCUGUGUACUCCACUUUCUCAGUACCAGAAGGGUUUUGUCCUUCCGAGGUGUCCAAGAAGAAGAGACAACCCUUAUGAUGGAGAAGAUCUCUUCCUCUGCUUCUUCCACCCCAAUUGAUUUGAGCCAAAUUGGAGAUGAAACUGGAAGAAAAUAUAGAGAACUACUGAAGAAGUUUGUGGGGUUGCUAGGUGGCUUCAAUGUUGGCGACUACAUUCCAUGGCUGUCAUGGGUGAACUUCAUCAAUGGUUUGGAAACAAAAGUGGAGAAAGUUUCUAAAGUGUUCGAUAGAUUUCUUGAUGAAGUGGACAUGUUUGCUGCUAGAAGUGAUUCUACAUACACAGUCUUGGAGUGGGCAAUGACAAAGCUCUUGAGGCACCCACAAGUCAUGAGAGAAUCCACCCGGGGCGCCAAAAUAAUGGGCUAUGACAUUGAAGCAGGGACACGAGUCAUUACAAAUGCAUGGCCAAUUGGGGGAGACCCACUGUUGUGGGAUGAGGCUGAGGAGUUUUGGCCAGAAAGAUUCUUGAAUUCUUCUAUAGAUUUCACAGGGAAAGACUUUGAGUUGAUCUCAUUUGGAGCUGGCCAAAGAGGUUGCCCGGGAACUCUGUUCGCGAAAAUGGCAAUUGAGCUUGUGUUAGCAAAUCUUGUUCAUCAUUUUGAUUGGGAAGUGGCUGGUGGAGGUAGAAGGGAGGAUUUGGACAUGACUGAAUGCAUUGGUCUGACCAUUCAUAUAAAAGUUCUACUUCUUGCAGUUGCAACUCCAUGGCCUUGCUGA